AGUUUUUUUGAACACUCCAGAAGAAUCUAUGGAGAUAAUUAAUUUCAGCUCUAGACUCUACUUCACAAUGGUGGAUGAGACAGAAGAUAUUGAUGUCUUCCAGGACCGCACAGAAACCAGAUCUUGCACUAGGGAGGAAGUGUCCAAGAUUAUCGGCUGGCAGUUGUGUUCUGAAAUGUUGUAUCCUGACUCAGCCAGUGGUUUGCCUUUCCCCUUUACUGGACCUCUGAGAGUGUCUGUCACAUUAACUAAGCAAGACAGAGGCCUGCAGCAAUACCUUGUGGAAGCAGCAUAUAGCUAUAUUCCUCGGGAGAAUUCUUGGAUCCCAAAUGAAGCUGUUCUUCACUUCUUCAUUGGGACUCCAAAGUCAAACUUGAAAAGGGAUGUUGGCGUUGACCUAAAUUUUAAUGUCCCACAGAAGAAAUUCAGAAUCAAAUUUAUACAACCAAAGAAAAAAAUCGAGAUAGAUGGGAAAAUUGAGUUUUCUAAAAAUUCACGGAUUGGACGUCUGGAGCUGGUAGUAGAUGACCGAGAUGUGUACUACAUUAAGGGAAUGACAGAUUUACACAUACUGAGUGGAGAGCAGAGAUACAUGACCCAGCUGGAGGUAAAGCUGAUAAGACAAAGCAGCCCUAUCGUUCUGUCAGGAAACAUCACUAAACAGCUUGGCAAGAAGAUAGCUUUUUCAGUGUCCCUGAAUAAUUUAUUGAAGGAUGCUGCGUUUCUUUCAGUAUUUCUGGAGAAAAACCUUGAUGAUAAGCUGAGACAGUACUCCCUUGAAGGGGAGACUUACCUUCCAGGUGUUCUUGGAGUUCAUGUCAUCGAUCUUCUCCAGCAACGUGAGAGCUUGUGGUCUCAUGCUUUGAGGAUAAAAUACGGACUCCUAGGAGCUGCAAAAUACCUUCAUCAUGAAUGCAGUACGGGGCAAAAGAUUAAAGGGGAGACUGGUGCACAUGAAGUAUACAGACUGCAUAUUGGGCAUGAAUUUCACUGUACGCAGACUCCCACCUAUAAUCACAAGGUUCACCUGAAACAUGAAGCAAGUGCAUCUUGGCUUUCCUCCCAGAUGGAACUGAACUAUGGGAAGCACUGGGAUGAAAUAAACAACAAGAAGAAAGUUCUGAUCAGCCAAGCAUUUAAGGAUAGUUCCAAUUCGUUUCUAGUCAACUAUUUCAUGGAGUUUGCCGUGCAAGUCCCGGAAAAGCAGGUGAAUUACGGAACCCAGCUGCAGCACUCACACAGUUCUCAGGGUUAUUCACAGAGCAGCACCAACUUUAAGGUGCAGUAUAAUGACCGCAUGCCAUUUGUGGCUGGGCUACGGUGGAAAGAUGCAUCCAGAAAUGACCUUAAGAAAUGGGAAGGUGAAUUAAAUAUGGAUACGCCAUGGCUAUAUCUGUAUGCAGCUCACAGACUUGGUCAGCCUCAGCGUGCUGCUUAUUUACUGACUAUGGAGCUGACAGCUGGGAAAAUUAUCUCUAUUAAGAAUCUCAUAGUGGAGCUAUUCUAUAAAGAUGAAAGCAAUGAAAAAGAAGGGAAAAUUCAUAUUUACACCCCAGCUACCACAUAUCUGCAGGCAUCCACAUUUAAUCAUCUUGGGAGGAAUGUUCUGCAUAGCUAUAGUGAAGUGAUAUCUCUGUGGAAUCAACUUGUGAAGAAUGAGAUUCUUUUGGAAAACAACGAACGAGCCAAAUUUCUCUGCCUCAAGAUAAAGAGUACAAAACAGGAGUUUAACUUCACAGCCAGCUAUCAGAAUCCACCAGUGCCUAAAAAGACAAACGCUUCUGUGAAGGCUGUAUGGACAGACCAUAAAAAUCUGCCUGUCGUGCUGCAGUUUGAAGGUCAGGUGGAAGAGCUGAAGAAGGAGAAGAUGCUCUAUCAAAAACGUGGAACUCUCCAUUUCAGGCAUCCAUUUAAACUGCUCAUUCCACAGAUUUUCUUGCUCCAGGAGACGUUUACCGUUGACAAAAAGCAAAAGCACUACUUUUUGGAGACAAAAGUUUUGAUAAAUGGACUGGAAGAAUCAGUUCAAACUGUUACACUUGGCUACCAACCUGAAAACCCCUAUAUUUGUGCUGGUUUAGCUCAUCCUUAUAACUACACGUGGUUCCCCCAAAAUGUUGAAAUGUGCACUUUAACUCGAAGUCAUGAAACUGUGAAGUGUGAAGUUGAAACUACCUUGAAAGUCAAUAAGGAAGAUGUUCUCAGCUUUCUAGCAAGAUACCAGGACAAAUCUAGUGAGGCAAAUUUCAGACACCUUUUACAUGUGGAUGUGACUCAUUCAUUCCAGCUCCAGUUUCCACAAGCAGUGGCCCUAAGCGGGGAGCUGUUUUCUAGGCAAACCAAACUGGAGGACUUUGACUACAGUGUGAAUGUAAAAGCCAUCAUCAACGAGAAUGAUUCCUCACAGGUCCAAGCAGCCCUGAAGAGUUACGGCGAGAGCAACCUCAAUGGAUCUCUUUAUUUUCAUUUCAAUGGAAGGGACAUGCUGGUGCUAGAGGUCGAUACGAACAAUGAAAAGAGAAAGAACGCCAGACUUGUUGGAGUGAGCGCUUUCCUCCAUCAGGCAGUCUUGACAGAACCAGAGUCAAUGCAGUUCCAGUUAAUGGGCAAAAUGUUUCCAUCAAGACUUUUGUUAUCUUCUGAGAUAAAGCUUAAUGAAAAUAGGCUUCAUGUGGAUUUCAUGGGGGCCAGGGAGCAGAAAGUUGGUCUUGUCUUGUCCCUAAAUGGAAAAGUCCGACACACAUUUACUGGCUUAAAGGCUAUACCUCAGCUUCUUUCACUGAAUGGAUUACUGAAGCGCAAAAGCAACAUUCACGAUGGUAAUAUCAAUGUGAUGAUCAACAAAGCACUGUAUGGACUCCAUCUCAGGAACAGAAACGUGUUUGGGAAUUCCAGCGUACACAAUAUCACUUUUGCUGUGUUUCAGAACGGCAGUCAGGCAAUGCCAAUGGAGGCAAAAUUGAAAGGACACCUGGAGCUGAGUAAAGAGAUCAAAAAGGGCUUAGCUAGUUUCCUGGUAGAUGAGAAAGCCCUUUCUGUAGAUUUUUCCAGCAUCAUGAGUCAUGAAUACAGCAGGGUCAGUGGGACUUUCACACAUAACGUCAGCUCUUUAAAAAAUGCAGGAUUGCCCCUGGAUGGCGUUCUCACCGCUGUGCGCAACCAUGUCACAACAAAUCACACCGUUACUGUAGCCCUACAGAGUGGCAGUGAAAGGAUUACUGCUGUGUUUGAAGGUCAGAGACUGUCUGCAGAGCCUCCUAACUCCCAGCUAUCUGUCAGUUUAAAGCACAACAUCUCACAGAUAAAGAAACUUGGGAUCCCCUUUAUUGUGGAAGCUACUGGCUAUUACCAGAAUUUCAGCAGAAGGAUUGCUGCAGGGAUAACAACCAUGGUGGAGAAUGAACAGUUCAAAAUUGAAACUGAGAAGAGAACCACUGUUGGUGCUAUGGAUGUUUCCUUUUCACUUCAUCAUGAUGUGAGACCACUGAUAGACAUUAUCCCACAGGCCAUAGAGGUUACUUGCAGUGGAGCAUCCACUGACAAACAACUUUCUGGCCUUUGCAGUGGAGACAUUGCAAGUCAUCAUUCUGAGACUCCAGCAAAAGUUUCACUGAAUGGGUCGGUGUUUACCAGCAACUCUACUGUUGGCUUCUUCGGACGUAUUUCUCUAAAUGACUUGUUUGCCUGCCUGCAACUCUAUACUACCUUCAACGUCCAGCCUCAUUUGGAGAUUGACUUCAAGCAUUCCUUGCCUCAGCUUCGGUCUCUGGGUGUUGCCAAAGAGAACCAAGUGAAGGUGUCAUCCACGAGAAGUGACAAGUAUAAAGGCAUGCUUGAGAUUGUCCUUGGGCACUGCAGUUUCAAAGCUGAUGGAGAAGUGAGCCUGGCAAGCAAUGCAACAGCUGCAGACUGGAUGCUUACUGUUAGAAACAAGUGUGUCAGUCUAGAGCAGGUGGGACUGCCUCGUGCGGUAGCCUUUGGGGGCUCAUUCCGGCAGAACAUCUGCAACGUUGGCUUGUUGAUGAACCUCCAGUGUGAUGGCCAAACAGCAGAUGUGCAGAUAGACACUUCCUGCGAGCGUGAAUAUACACUCCAAGGGAUGCUCAGGCAUUCGGUUCCCUGGCUCGAGGAGCUUGGGCUGCCUUUUGAAAACUCUGUCCUAUUCUCUGCAGCCACGGAGUCCACCACUGAAGGCAUAUUAUUGCUGCAGGCUGGCAGAUGCAACAUUAAGGCUAGAGGAGGUCUCUAUGUUCAGAGUAAACCUGAAUGGACACUGGAAACAGAAACAGUGUGUCAGCUUCUGCAGGAUCUCGGUAUUCCGGCUCAGUCACGGCUCACAGGAUACAUUCAGAAAGAGAGCUGCCAAGCAGGACUUUUCUGCAUCCUGGAAACAGAUGGCAAGGCUGCCCGUCUUGAAGUAAGAACAGAGUGCAAGCCACAGAUGACACUGGAAGUUCAAUUCAGACAUGAAUUCCCUCAACUGAAAGAAAUUCCAAGGGAAAACAAGCUGUCCGUCACAGUACAAAAAGAGUUAAAAUAUCAUCUUGACAUAGGAUUGAAUUCAGGUGCCUGUGAGCUUCAAAUAAAUGGGGAUUUCUGCUCUGAAAAGAAGCUGCAGUGGAAGAUGUUUAUAGAAAACAAAUGCCAAACAAUUCAGGAUCUUGGAGCGCCAGUGCAAAUUGAUGGUUCAGGCUAUGUUUUGAUAGAUGAAAUGAACCUAGAUUCACAGAUGUUGAUUAUUGUUGAUGAAAAUAAAUUGCAAGGACUUCUUAUACUAAAAGCCACUGAUGAAAGACAGGAGUUGGAUGUGCUGCUAACCCAUAACAUCCAAGGAGCUACUGACCUUGGCAUUCCUACAAGGACAUUAGUUGAUGUGACAUCAGAAAAACAUGGGGGCCUCUAUAAAAGAUUUAUUCAGUUCUCUGUGAAUAGCAAGCAAAUUACAGAAGAACUGAGCUUUGUCCAAAAGUUGGAUGAUGUGUCUCUUAACUACAAAGUUACUCAUAACAUAGAAGCACUGAAGACUUUGCAAAUAGAAGACAGGAUUGAGUUGCAGACUACCUUGGACCUGAAAGCGAUCAAAUGUUUUAUUAUUAAAGCACAAUAUGGUGGUUACCUGAUGAUUCUUGAAGGACAAAUCCAGGAGUCUGAAACAAGUACCAACAUAACUGGGAAUUUUCAGCAUACUUGGCCGUGGCUGCUACAAGCCAGAGUGCCAACAUCUUUACAGAUAGGUGUGUUUUUUCAAGGAAGAAACGCUACUCAAGAAAGACAUAUGCACAUUGCAGCUGGAGAAACAUCAGUGACAUACAUAAUGAACUCUUAUUAUGUUGGUCAUCAAAUGGAUAUUUUUUGCCAAAGUGUACAUAACAGCAAGACUUUACAAGCAUCUGGCUACCCUAAGGCAAUCAAUCUGAUUCUGAGUUUACAGAAAUUAGAAAACAAAGCCAAGACUAUCUGCAAAGUCCAAUAUGAUGACAAAGAUAUAACUGUGAAUAUGGAUGUCGAUGCAGACUUUGAACUGUAUGGUACAUUUGAAUUCAUGGCAGAGAUGAAGCAUUCAAUACCACUUCUCAGUCAUCUGGGACUUCCCUUCUUCCUUAAGAUGGCAAUUCAUGAAGUCCUGACUGAAAAUGAAAUUGCAGGAGCUCUGCAGCUCAUAUGUGAACAAAACACAAGCUUUUCCUUAACCAUCAAUAGGAAAAAUGACCAGCAAGGUGCAGAGCUGACUAUAAAAGCCUUCCAGAACCUUCCCUCCUUUCUACAGUACUUCCCUAGCGCAGCAGGACUUUCUUCCAUGUUAAAAAGUCUUCCAAGGCAGCUUAUGUUCAUGACAGUUUACCAAAAAAGUAAUGGAACAUGUAUGCUGCGACACAUUGCUCUCUGGGAUGGCAGAGAGGUAAAAGUAACAGGCGCUUACACUGGAUUCUUCCCAAAGUUGCAUGGAGGUCAUAAAGUUAAGGUGGAGCUUUUCCAUCCUCUCUCCAUUCCUUUCCCCGGGCAUACCAAGCUCGACAUGUAUGUAGAACAUUCGGCACAAAGUCACUGGGAUGAUCUUACUCUUGUUUGGAAUGACAAGGACCAGGUAUCAGCAACGUCAUCACUGAAGUUUGGAAGAGAGCGCAUGAGCUACAGAGCUGCUGUUGCCCACCCGUUUAAUUUCACUCUGAGGCAGCUUGAGGUCAAUUCCCUGUCAGAAAGAAGAGGCAGAAAGUACAGCCAGCAGAUGCAGCUCAUGUGGAAUGGUGGGCAGCCUGCUGAUGUUAGAGUGACCUUGGAAGAUAAAUCAGAGAUGAAUAUCACUGCCUGGGAUGCUUGUAUGACACUCUCUUCAGGUCAGCUUCAGAGAGUAUUAAGAAUGGGACACUUUAAUGCAUGUGGGUCUCUAGAGCAAACAGCACUGUUGUUUAAUGAAUAUCUAGAUCUGAACUGGGAUGACAAAAAAUUCAAACACAGUUUGACUUAUGAGAGAAAUAGAUUCUUGUAUCCUGAUAAAUUUCAGUUAGAAGCCACUUUGGAAAACAUUUUCCUGACCUCCUGCACCAAACAGAAUGUUCUGGGUAAAAUAGAAACAAACUACUCAUCCUGGCUGUACUAUUAUAUUAAUUUUGGAUUCUGCGACCUCCCAACUGUAAUUGCUUUCUCUGGAAAACAUCAACUCAACAAAGGAGAUACUAUUUUGCAGUCAGAAAGCAGAUUACACCUUGCUGGUCGUGAAAGAGAUGAUGGGUUGAUUGAACUAUCAUUAAAAAAUAAGAGCACAGCUGAUAUGAAGAACUAUUAUGUGGAGAUUGAAUUAAAAGCCUUUGAAGAUAUUUGGCUAGGCCUGACAGGAACUACUUCUUCCUCAGCUGUUCAGAGCCAAAUCCUGGUGGAGGGGAUUAUUGAUCAGAAAGAGAAAGUGAAGGUAGCUGCUUCUAAAGGAAAUGAAUGUCUUCAGUACUACGUGGGGUAUUUGAAAGGGGAUCUGGAGGAAGGAAUGGAGGUCAGUGCUUGUACCGAUGGGCAACAGAUGGCUACUGUUAAUACCUAUCUCAACAUUAAUGGUGAAAGGCAAGAAAAAAUGGGACAACUGACCCUAACAGCUGUUAAUGAAAGCUUGAGUUUCCUGGCUCAAGGAUGUGGGGAUGCAGUUCUUAAGGCUGAGUACAAACUUAAUGAAAUUGGGAGCCUUGUAAAAGCCAAACUGAUAGAAAAGAUGAAGAAGUUUGAUGGAUAUAUUUGGAGAUUCAGAAAAUCAAUGCAGCGAGUUGAUUUCCUGUCUGAAGCAGCUGACUGGCCUUCAAUAGCCUUGCAAGAAGCAGCAGGCUUCCUCCACAGUGUGGGUAGAGCUGUCACCCAGGUGUGGAAGCAGAGUGGAAUCAGGCAGAUACUGAGAAGCAAGCUCCCACUUUACCUGGAUAAAAUUCAAGACAUUGUCCAGCAAAUGCAGAAUGAAUUGCAAAAGCCAUUAGCAACUUUGAAGGACGCCUAUUACGAUGUAACCUUGAAGCCAUUGGAUGAGGUUUGGCAUGAGAAAACAGAAGAGUACAUGAAGAAAGUCCAGGCUUUUGUGCCCAGGAUUGUAAAAGAUGUUUGGCUACUGGAACCAAUCCAGGUGGCAAUACGGGUUGUGAAAACAGGCCUGGAUAUGACCACACAUCAGAUGCUGAGGUGGGCAGAAGCCAUGUUGUCUAGAGCUGUGCGCAAGAUCCGGAAGCCCUUGCUCAACCUCUACAGUUUUUCAGCUAGGGACUGUUCAGUGGCAGUGAAACUGCCAGUACUUCCUAAAGCAGACAGCUCCCUGGACCUGGCAAAUAUUACUACCUAUCUCAUUGGAGAAAAGCUUAUGAGACCUCUCAAAGACCUGUACAACAUCAACGUAGUUGCAGAGUAUUAUAGAUUCAAACGGAGGAUGAUGGAGAGUCCCUUUGAACAUCAUGCUAUGUUAAUGGGGAACAAGCAUCUCAUGACUUUUGAUGGAAAAAUUUAUGAUUUGGCAUCAAAGUGCAAUGUGCUUCUUGCCAAGGAUUUUGUUCACAAUACUUUCACUGUAAUACUAAACCAGGAAAUCAAUGACUCAAGCUCACUGUAUGUGGAGAUGAACCAGACUGUGAUCAAUAUCUACCCAAGACUGAAGAUAUCCAAGAUGUAUAAUUCCUCCUUUAUGGAACAGAACUGCCAAGGAAUGGAUCGAUCUUUUGAAAAGAAUACCACUGAUUCAAGGAAAGAAACCAACAAAAUAGAAAUAUAUGAUCAGAACGGCGUUUCCAUCUCUUGUGACUUUCAGUAUGAUCUCUGUACUGUCACUCUGGCUGGAUGGCACCAUGGUAUUUCAGCUGGGCUUUUUGGUACCAAUGAUAAUGAAGCAGGGAAUGAAUGGAUACUGCCUAAUCAUUCCUCCACGGACAACGUGCAAGAAUUCACACAGAGUUGGCAGGUGAACAAGUGCACGCCCAUGCAGAAGAAAGUGAAGCCAUGUCCCACUACAGCUAAGCAAAAAGUCUGUGAAGUGCUUUUUGAAGAAGCUCACUCGUUUCUGAGGAACUGCUUCAAAGUUGUGGACCCUGAACCAUUCUACAGCAUGUGUAUGGUUGACACCUGUGACUCAAACGAGUUGAAAAGUGCUUGCAGCUUAGCAGCAGCAUUUGUUCACUUGUGCAACCGAAAUUUUGUCCCUGUGGAAAUUCCUCCUCAAUGCUUGAGCUUGUUCUGAAUGGCAGA